AUCUCCUGGAAAAACCAUCAAAGACGGUUAACGCCGAGUUUGUACAGAAUAAGCGGUGAGCUGAAGUGAAAGACAUCUUAUGAGAUGAUAUUUCAUCUCUUGAUUAUUCAACAAAAGUGCGAUCUUCACAUCGACGCAAAAGUCAAAAGCCAGAGAGUGAAGCAACGUUUGCAUCUGUAAAUGGCUUCAGCACCCUGGAGGAGUCUCUGAUUCUGCCUGAAGCGUCUGUCCACCAUGAGUUUUCCAAGCAGUUUCCAGGGUCUGAGGGUUAAUGUUGACAGAGGAGAGAAGAUUGGGCAGAAAUCCCAGAUCCAGUUCACGCAGUCAGGAGAUGACAAUGCUAAUCAGUUAUCUCCCGUUGGUGAGGGCACAGGGUACAGUUCGAGCUCCAUUCCUCCGCUGGUCUCACAGAGUGAAUCCCCAGAAAAGUUAGUGAUCUGGGGUUCAGAGCAGCAGUGCAUACAGCCUGAGCUUCGGAACUUUGAGCUUGUGGAUUGUCCAGAGAUGCAUGCAUUCUUGGGAGACAGGGAUCAAGAGGAAAAUGAAGACGAGGAUGAUGGGGGAAGCUUGCGAGAUGGAAAAGAUGAGGGUCCCAUGUCGAUAUCCUCCAGUUCGACUGCCAGCUCUGCUUCCACUGGCGCAAGGAGAAACGACAAUGACAGCAACAAAGUGGACAGCAGGACACAUACGGAUAGAGAGGUGCAGAAAAGGAUUGCCUGUCACAGCAGUGAAGAGCUCGACACAUGCGUGACAGGCUCAACAGAGAAAAAAGACAACAGGUCGGGCCGGGAGAGGCGCAAGGCAGGUCUGAAGGAGUCCAAAUCUGAGACAAAUGUAUUUGUCUCCAGCCUGUCAGCUGCUGCACUCAGCGGAAGCCUGUCUAGUGCCCUCGAUAGCAGCGGAGAAGCAUUUUUUGUAUCUCUGUCCACCUCUAAAGGCAACCCUUAUCAGAAUGCCAACAACACUACCUCAGCUCAAAGCAGAGGAAAGGCAACUCCUGCCAAUCCGAACUCCCCACCAAUGCAUCCUCAGGAUAAAUACAGCUAUUCUCAGUACAGCGGCCAGGAUGAAACACGUGAGGAAAGGAGGCAUUAUAAGAAUGGACUGCCGUCUGAUGGGGGGUUGGGCCAAAGGAGGAAGGCUGGAUUUGAGGAGAGGGUGCUGCCGCCUCGACGACAGCAGCUCGUCAGACCCCUCUGCCAGACGGAGAUGGGAAGAGCGAGGAGCCUACCGGAGUCCAACACUCAAAAAAGUGAGACAGGGCAGUGCAUUUCCAACAAACCCACUGUGGAAUCUCACAGUACUGGAGCAAGCAGAAAGUUCCCAAGAUCAUCCUUGCGUGAACCCUCAGAUUUCUCCCACCUGUACAACACGCCGGGAGUCUCUCACCUCAGACAGCCCAGCCCGGCAUCCCAGAGGGAGGCUCCGCCCGUGGAAAAGCAGCCAGCAGCAGUAGCACGACAUAGCUCUAGUCCUUUGAACCCUUCCGCCGUUGAGAAGAGACCCCAGACUCAGCUCACAUACAGGAGAAACUGCUCUAGUCCCAACCGGACUGGAGUUGAAUCCAGGUCAUCUACCCCUCCCCACUCCCCGCUCAGGACGCCCCAGGGCUCACCACGAAGGCAACCCUCUAUGUACCUCGUUUCCAGGAAUGUCCCUGGAGUGGUUAGACACGUCCCAACAGGAUACAGCCCUGCGGUGCCAUCAUCAGCUCAGGGCUAUGGCAACAGUUGUUUGAGAGCGCCAGUCAAAACCAACGUAAGCACAACUGGAAUCCCCAAAGCGCCUCUUAGCAAACAGCAGAGUUCCCCCAAGUCAAACCACAGCUCCCAGAGAGAGAGCUCCCCGUCACCCAAACUCAAGCCCAAAGGAGUCCGCCCCAAAAUCAUUACUUAUGUCCGAAAGAAUCCUCAGUUUAAACCGCAAGCUGCUGAUGGUCCCUAUCAGGUAUCUUCUCUUCCAUCCAGGCUCUCAACAUACACUAACAGCCAAACACCUGCUUCUUUCAAAGACACGCCGAAAGACGCCUCCAAGUCUGAACCAGAAACCAGAGGAGCCCCUGUUCUCAGUGCCUCUAAUUUGCUCUAUGACAAGUACCAGCAAGAGAUGCAGGCAAACGUUUUCCAACCAGGAGCGCUGAGCAGGAAUAUUAGGGCGCCCGGACACUCAAACAGUGCUCCCUCUGCACACACACACAGCCAUACAGCGCCGCCAAAACUGGGCAGCAAAGCAGACAACUUCUACGGGUCGCCUUCUGAUGUGGGGCGAUCCAUUAGUUUUAAGAGCGGCUCUGGUGAGGAUGCGCUGCAGAGCAGGACCGCCGCUCAGGCCGGAGGGAGCGGCAGUCUCCUGCGCUCUGGGAGAGGUUUGCGCCUGGGCCUCGGAGCCGUCACCAGGACCGCCACGGGCUCAAGCAAAUCCAGAGGACCGAGUCAAGGUCAGAAAGCCACAGUGGUCUUCAGCCAGCCCGUCCAACCUGUCAGCCCAGCAACAUCUCACAAAAAUCAAGACAACACAGACGAAGAGGUUUUCAUCAAGCAUCCCUCCGCUCCUCAGCCUGCCGCCGUGGCCACCGGCCAGGCUCAGAGUUCGACCUCCAGGUCUCUGCUUCCCAAAGUGAGUCAGUCGGCCCUCCGGGCUCCGGGCUUCAGCUCCAGCCGCCUCCCCGCAGGCCGCCUGGCAGCCUUCGGCUUCGUGAGGAGCUCCAGCGUCUCGUCCGUCUCCUCGGCUCAUUCCGCCGACAGCUCGCAGAGCGAUCCGUGCAGGACAGCUCACCGCCUGAGUGUGAGUGAAGAGCCUCCUCUUCACAGAGUGACCACCAGCACCGCGCCGGCAGAUCACCAGAGAGUGGCACCAUGUCGCAGCAGCAGCCUGCAGCCGCCGUCCACCCCGGCCCUGCCCCGGCGCUACCUGCCGCCCCAGCCGAGGAGCUCCCCCGGAGUCGGCAGAAAGGAGUUUCAGAAGAGUUCAGAGGUCACACGUUCCCUCCCAUCCUCACCGAAGAGGCUGGCAGUCGUUCCUCCUAAACCUCAGUCCCCGGUCCAGUCUGGACAGCGGCCGGCAGCAGCGGUGCGGGGGUCGGUUCCCUCGGGCUCGCCUCGCCGGGUGGCCCCUCUGAGGAUGCAGCAAGAACAACAGGAGAACCUGCAAAGAGAGAAAGAGGAGGCCCAGGAGAAAGAGAGAGAGAGGCAAGCAGAGGAGAGGGAGAAGCAGGAGCAAAAGGAGGAGGUUCAGCGGCUUCAGGGACGCUGCGAACAGCAGGAGAGGCAGCUAAAAGCUCUGAGGGAUGAACUGAGGAAGACUUCCCUCGGCCUGGAAGCUUUCAUCAUCACCACUCAGCAUUACUGCCUUAAGAAUAAAACUACAGAGGAAAAUCAAAGAAAACUGACCUUGGAAAUACAAAAGAUACAAGAAGAGAUGGCAUCAAACUCGGUUCAUUGGGAGAGGCUCCAGCGGGAAAAAACCGCCCUGGAGAUGGCGUUUGAGCGGGAACUGCAGGAGCUGCAGCUGCAGCAGGAGGCCGAGCUGGCCGCCGUGGAGGAAGGCCUCAGGAAGUGCCACUCGGCCGAGACAGAGCACCUCAAGGCGGAGCAUCGCUCGGAGAUGGAGGAGAUCAGAGCACAGCAGCAGGAGCAGAUUGAAGAGAUGACAGUCAGCCAUCGGGCGGCCAUUCAGGAGCUCAGAGACAUGCAUAACAUCACCAUGGCAACGCUGCAUGAGGAGCACGCCCGCACCAUGAGAGAUUUAAGAAAGGCUCAUGAACAGCAGAAGAUUCUUCUCGAGGAGGAUUUUGACAAACUCAGACUUUCUCUACAGGACCAAGUGGACACUCUCACGUUUCAAAAUCAAAGUCUGAGAGACAAAGCUAAACGCUUUGAGGAGGCUUUGAGGAGGAGCACAGAUGAACAGAUAGUUGAUGCUUUAGCCCCAUACCAACACAUUGAGGAAGACCUGAAGAGCUUAAAAGAAGUUGUUGAAAUGAAGAACCAGCAAAUCCAUCAGCAGGAGAAGAAGAUCUCCGACCUGGAGAAAGUGCAGGCCCAAAAGAACGUGUUCCUCGAGGAGAAAGUCCAGGUUCUGCAGCAGCAGAAUGAAGACAUGAAAGCGCGUAUUGAAAUGAACUUAGCUUUGUCCAGGCAACUGUCAGAGGAGAACGCAAACCUGCAGGAGUCCGUGGAGAAAGAGAGCACCGAGAAGAAACGCCUGAGUCGGAACAACGAGGAGCUGCUGUGGCGCCUCCAGACCAGCCCUCUCAUGUCCCCCGCCUCCUCGCCGCUGCACCGCUCCUUCUCCACCUCCCCCGUCCCCUCCUCCCCCUUGUUCUCCCCCUCACCUGCGGCGGGGUGCGACUCCCCCACUCACUGCCACGGCUGCCCCCAGCAGGGCCAGUACUCCUCUCCCUCCCACAGGGUCGCCGCCAAUCAGAAUCUCUCCCCCGGACCGGCCACGCCGACGCACCGGGCGGCGGCCAACCAGAAUUACUCCCCCGGCCCGGGCACGCCCUCACACAGAAGUCGCUGUAAUUCCAACACCUGCGUCAGCCCGUUGCACAGAUAAACUCUCCCUCUGUCACUUUCCUCUUUCAU